GAAAUCAUUGCUCUCAGUCGACGUUCUUCUUUCCUUCUUUUCCUGAUUUCUGGGUCACGAAUCGCCGAUAUCCGAUACGUUCUUCCAGUCAUGCCUGUGGGAGGAUUCUCGGGGCCGUCGGGUCCCGGUGUGGAAUUCGAAGCCAAGAUCACGCCGAUCGUGAUCAUUUCUUGCAUCAUGGCGGCGACGGGUGGCCUGAUGUUCGGAUACGAUGUCGGAGUAUCAGGUGGAGUAACAUCGAUGGACGCCUUCUUGAAAAAGUUCUUCCCAGUUGUCUAUCGAAAGACCAAAGAUCCUGAUUUGGACAGCAAUUACUGCAAAUACGACAACCAUGGCCUUCAGCUAUUUACAUCAUCGUUGUAUCUGGCCGGCUUGACUUCGACCUUCUUCGCAUCCUACACCACAAGAAACCUCGGUCGGAGGCUGACCAUGCUCAUUGCAGGGAUUUUCUUCAUCAUUGGCGUGGUGCUAAAUGCAGCUGCCCAAGACCUUGCCAUGCUCAUUAUAGGAAGGAUCUUCCUGGGGUGUGGAGUCGGCUUCGCUAAUCAGGCAGUGCCGCUGUUUCUAUCAGAGAUAGCCCCAACAAGAAUCCGUGGAGGACUGAACAUACUAUUCCAACUCAACGUAACUCUCGGCAUUCUCUUUGCAAACCUCGUCAAUUACGGUACCGCAAAAAUCAAGGGCGGAUGGGGUUGGAGGCUCUCGCUUGGGCUAGCUGGGAUCCCAGCCCUCCUCCUGACCAUCGGCUCCAUUCUGGUUGUCGACACUCCUAAUAGCCUCAUAGAGCGUGGUCAGCUCGAGAAAGGGAAGGCAGUGCUUAAGAAGAUCCGUGGAACCGACAACGUUGAGCCCGAGUACCUGGAGCUUGUGGAGGCAAGCCGUGUGGCCAAGGAAGUCAAGCACCCAUUCAGGAACCUCCUCAAGCGACGCAACCGCCCACAGCUGAUUAUUGCUGUGGCCAUGCAGAUCUUCCAACAAUUCACUGGCAUUAAUGCCAUAAUGUUCUAUGCACCGGUCCUGUUCAACACUCUGGGGUUCAAGAACGAUGCUUCGCUCUACUCAGCCGUCAUCACAGGAGCUGUCAAUGUUGUCUCCACCACAGUCUCGAUCUAUGCAGUAGACAAGGUGGGCCGCAGGCUGCUCUUGCUGGAAGCAGGGGUUCAGAUGUUUUUCUCUCAGGUUGUGAUCGCCGUCCUCCUGGGCAUAAAGGUGAAAGACCACUCCGAGGACCUGGGGCGUGGGUACGCCAUCCUGGUGGUGCUGAUGGUGUGCACGUUCGUCUCCGCGUUCGCAUGGUCGUGGGGUCCGCUGGGGUGGCUCAUUCCAAGUGAGACGUUCCCUCUAGAGACGAGGUCUGCAGGACAGAGCAUAACCGUGUGCGUCAACCUCCUCUUCACCUUUGUCAUCGCACAGGCAUUCCUGUCCAUGCUCUGCCACUUCAAGUUUGGUAUCUUCAUCUUCUUCUCCGGAUGGGUCUUCAUCAUGUCCUUCUUUGUGCUCUUCUUACUCCCGGAGACCAAGGGUGUGCCCAUCGAAGAGAUGACCGAGAAGGUCUGGAAGCGGCAUUGGCUUUGGAAGAGAUUCAUGGAUGACUAUCAUGAGGAUGAAGAUGGCCCCCAGAAAAAUGGAAAGAUCAACGGCUUUGAUAAUUCUCAGUUAUAGAUUUCUGAUUGUUUUUAGAUACUACGGUAUAGAUAUGAUCACCCUGAUCCAUUCAUUUUGGCUUAGACGCUUGAUGGAGGAGGAGGAGGAAAAAGGAGAGAGCGAUCCAGUGAUCAACAGCUGUAAUGAUUCUCUCAUAUGUAAAUUUGAAAUUACUUUGUCCUCAUUUGCUAAGAAAUAGAUGAUAUAUCGGCUUCCAAUC